GCGCGCGCUCGGAUGUGCGUAGAGCAAACACGUAUCUGAAUGUAGAGUCAACAGAAACGCGACGAAACUUUAGCGCCAAUACUCAGCCGGCGAGCGGCAACCGCGCUGGGGGUCUCAUCACUUUGCGUUCCACAUUAUUUUAUACUUUACGAAAAUCGCGAUGUACAAAAAUAUAACUGGUGGACAGUGAUUUAAUUUAACCACGCGAUUUAUAACACGAUAACGAACAUUACGAUGGCUUCGAAGGAAUGUUGGUGUGUUUUAUAUUUGUGUAUUUUACAUAGUGCCUUCAGUUUCAACCUGGAGCCGAGGAUUCCAGUGAUAAAGUACGGCGAGAAAGGUUCUUAUUUUGGAUUUUCCGUCGCCGAACAUCUUACAAUCAACAGUACGAGUGGAGAUAAAACAAGCUGGUUACUAGUCGGGGCACCAUUGGGUCAAAACCUUCAACCGAACACGACAAGGUCGGGGGCGCUAUGGAGGUGUCGACUGACCCCUGCCUUAGGAGACUGCGAACAAAUCAUAACGGACGGAAAGACGAAGUACGGCAAGAUAGACAAGACGUUGGAUUCUUAUACUCUGACUGCGCCGUAUGAAGAUGAGAUCAAGGAUGGACAGUGGCUGGGAGUCUCCGUCAGGAGCCAGGGACCCGGCAGAAAGGCGGUUGUAUGUGCACACAGAUACAUCCGCAAGUCCGGGGAGUCGCAGUUUGGCCAAGGCCUAUGCUACACUUUGAGCAACGAUCUUCAACUCUUAGAUUCUUGGGAGCCGUGCCGAGGUCGAUCAGUGAUUAAGGAGCAUGAAGAAUUCGGAUUCUGCCAAGUAGGAACUAGCAGUUCUCUACUGGAAGACGAUACUCUACUGAUUGGUAGUCCAGGGCCCUACACGUGGAGAGGGACAAUCUUCACGCACGAUACAAAUGACGACCUCCUGGAGAGAGACAUGUCUUUCUAUAUGGCACCAGUUGAAGACGGCUUGAGUCCUGUAGAAAAGUAUAGUUACCUUGGUAUGUCAGUGACAGGCGCAGGUUUCUUCAACUCGGUGCCAUCAUACGCGGCAGGGGCGCCCCGAGCACGCGGUACAGGACAAGUGGUCAUCUUUAGCAAACGAGUCAUCAAAGACUGGGGUCGCACCGACAUCGAUAUACUGGAGUAUAACUUGACACUGAACGGAGAACAGUUCGGAUCGAGUUUCGGUUACGAAGUCGCCUCUGCUGAUGUCAAUGGAGAUGGGUUACCAGAUCUUUUAGUUGGAGCACCGUUUUAUUUUUCAAGAGACUCCGGUGGUGCAGUGUACCUGUAUCUGAAUAACAAGUACAGUCUACGUCAAGAGUAUGACGUUAAGAUAACUGGUAAACCAGAAUCACAAUUUGGUAUUGCCAUCGCUAAUGCUGGAGAUCUAAACAAGGAUGGUUGCGAAGAUAUAGCUGUAGGCAGUCCAUACGAAGGAAAUGGAGUUGUAUACAUACAUUUAGGUGAUAGGAAGAAAGGCUUACAUACGAAACCAGAUCAAGUGAUAGAAGCGGAAUCACUCCCGAGGGUUAUGAAGACAUUCGGUUAUUCACUUUCUGGUGGGGUCGAUUUAGAUGCUAACGGUUAUCCCGAUCUGCUAGUUGGCGCUUACGAAAAUAGCAGCGUCGCAUUACUUCGAAGUAGACCGAUUAUCGAUAUUAAAACAUCGAUUAAACCAUCGAAUACGAUUAUAAAUGUCGAUCCAUCGAAACAAGGAUGUACUAAGGAUCCAAGUUCCAACUACACAUGCUUUCAUUUCGAAGCUUGUUGUAUUAUAAAAUCUCUAGUUAAAUCCACGCAAGCAAUAACACAUGAGCUCAGUUACGUUAUCGAAGCGGAAACCUUCUCCGGCGGGAGGAAAUAUUCCAGAGUAUUAUUGGAUUCGGAGAAAACUAAUAUUGUAAAUAAGACACUAAGAUUGGGAAAGGACGUCGAAGUUUGUAGGCAACAUAUCGCGUACUUAAAGAAUAACACAAGAGACAUCCAGACUCCUAUUAAGUUCCUAGUAACGUAUAAGCUGGUUAACGUAGAACCAGUGUUCUCAACGGUAAAGGCGCUGCCGAAUAUCGAUGACUUCCCCGUGUUGAACGCAACCGCAGUCACCGCCUUCAGUGCCAACUUCCUUAACGACUGCGGCACUGAUGGUAUUUGUGUUAGUGAGCUACGCGUCGAUCCUGUACUGCUGCUGCCUAAAUCUGAAGAUGGAAAGUCUUACGCACUAACUUUGGGCCAAGAGGAAGAAAUCAAGUUGUCCAUAUCUAUCGACAAUUUGGGAGAAUCUGCGUACGAGGGGCAACUGUUUGUGCAGCAUCACCCGAGCUUGCAUUAUAUCGCCGCUAACAUAUCCGACAAGCAUAUGAUAUGUUCGAGCGUAAACAAGACGAUAGUAUCGUGUAUGCUGGAGAAUCCAUUCAAAAAGCAGCCGGAGGGUGCUGCGCCGGUCAUCAUGAGGUUCGACGCGAGGGCUCUGGAAGACAAUGAGGCGACUAUCUCGUUUACUGUGUGGGCUAACUCUACCUCCAAGGAGCGAUACCCAGGAAAGAAACCCGCUAAAGUUGAAGCUUUGAUUAUAAAGAAUGCAGAACUUUUGAUCAAAGGUGUGGCGCGGCCGGAGCAGGUGUUCUACGGCGGCGAGGUGAAAGGAGAAUCUGCCAUGACUUACUUCGACGAUAUCGGCACCCGCGUAGUCCACACAUAUCAAAUAUUCAACGAAGGUCCACUGCGGGUGUCAUCGCUGCAGGUGGUUAUAUCAUGGCCUCACCAGGUGGCGGCGGAGGGGCCGCAAGGCAAGUGGUUGCUGUACCCUGAAGACUUGCCCACUGUAGAUGGUGACGGUGAUCAAAACAAUGGAGAAUGUUUCCUAUCCGACGGUGAAAUAAAUCCGUUAAAACUUACAAUGCGACCAGGCAGCACGGAACCAUUGUUAGAAAAUCUGGAAAUGGACCCAUUCUUUACCACGGGAAAACUAAGCGUCAGUUCCAAUGAAAAGUUCAAUAGAGAAAACAAUAGAACUCGAAAAGUUAUCGAAUACUCAUCAGCGUCAGAAAACAAAGUGAGGAGAAAAAGAGAUAAUGAUGUAGUUAAAGCGGAAGCUUACACGGAUAAAGAUGGACACAGAAAACAUGUGGUCAAUAUGAACUGCCAAAAGAAGACAGCGAAAUGCAUUCAGUUUCAUUGCAUCAUUUACGGGUUGCGACGCAUGCAGGCGAGCACGAUUACUGUGCGCGCACGGUUGUGGAACGCCACGUUAGUGGAGGACUACCCUCGCGUUAGUCAUGUUAACAUCGCCUCAAGCGCGGCGCUACGUAUACCAGAGCACUACAACAUACAUCAGAGCAAGCAUCACGACGACGUUGCAACGGUUGAAACUGUUGCAUAUCCAGAUUUGAAGAUAAGCGAACCUUCAGAAGUGCCUUUAUGGGUGAUCAUCGUGUCAGUGAUAGUUGGACUAAUUGUGUUAAUUUUGUUGAUAAUAGCCUUGUGGAAAUUAGGCUUCUUCAAGAGGAGUCGACCGGACCCGACUUUGUCCGGAAACUUGGAGAAGAACAACCACGAGUCCAGUCCAUUUAUCGGCAGAGACAGAAACAGCAUUCGAUAGCUGUGUUACGUGUGGAAUUUGUACUGGAACUUUAAAGUUUAUAUGUGUAACUCAUUCUGGAACUUUAAAGUUUAUGUGUGGAACUUAUAAGUACAAUUGUUUUAUAUAAAACAGUGUACAUAUUGAAUGUGUUCGUCGUUGACUUUAUUUAUAUAAUGACGUGUAUGUAAAGUUAUAUAAUUUAUAAAUAUCAUUUGACUGUGAUGUCUUCGUAGAGGAAAAUGCGUGUUUGUGAUGUUAAAGACGCUGGUAUUGUUUUGUUGAUGUUUGCACGAACACUAAAAUUAUAAUAAAAUAUAUUGUUUUAUGACCAAGAUUUAAAUACAUAGUGAGUGACACGAUGCGUGUUUCGCAAAUCUUCUCUACUACAAGUCUGGAGAAGUGACCAAGAAUAUAUUUUACUAAAAAACAGAACAUCCAGUAUUGUAUGAUCCAUAAAAUUAACAUAGAUUCUAAACUUUCUAAGACAUUUUGCGUUAAUGUCUACAACAACUAUUUUAGCAGAUAUAUUUUACAUGAAGAGCCUUAAAUCUAUGAUAUUAAAUAAAAUUUUAAAAAUGAAUAAUUACCUAAAAUAUAUUAUUGAAAGGAG